AUGUCGACUCUUCUCUUGUCUCUCAUAUCCGGCUUGUUGGUUGUGUCAGCACAACUGACGGGCAACGGAGUGUCUGUUCUACUCAACGACGUCAACUACUUCAACUCUCCAUUCGCCGCAGAGACCAUCUCGGUGGAAUCGUCUGCCUUGUCCUCUGCAAAGACUAUUUACGGAUUUGCGCCAGUCACAGUCGUACAGAAUACGAUCGAUGAGGCAUUACUGCCCGAGCUAGAGCUUUUUGCAAAUUGGACAUCUACCGACGACGUUUUUCAGGACGGGUUCUCCACCGUCGUCCUGCUCCCCAGUCAAGCGAAAAUAUCAAAUGCUAGCAGAUCGGAAGCGGACGGUGCUGCGUCUCUAAUUCUGCAACUUGACUCCCCAAAUGUUCCUUCCGGCCCCUACUUUCUGGAGACGGCGACUGGCGCCCUCCAUCAAGCAUAUCGUCUUUACAAUGACUUCUCAGGAGCCUUUACCGAAUCACUCCUACAAACCCCGGAUGGAACAAUUUUGCCCCUCUCAGCCCAUGUAGCCUUGUCAGCUACUGCCACCAUCGGUGUUCCUUCAAGACUGUACUACACCAGAACAGCCGAAAAGCCCCUGGCUGGAGUACGUAUCGGUGUCAAAGAUGUAUACCAUCUCGCUGGCGUGAAGUCUUCGUUCGGAAGCCAUGCAUGCCAGUUUGCCAACGGGGAGACGGCGACAGCAGAGUGGGUCGACUACCACUCGCCAUUCAAUGCACGCGGUGAUGGCUAUCAGGACUCGUCCUCGUCUUCUGCGGGCGCAGGGUCGAGUAUUGCCAGCUACGAGUGGUUGGACCUGGCCCCGAGCACCGACACUGGCGGGAGCAUUCGAGAUCCUGCUGGCGUUUCCGGGGUCUUUGGCAACAGGCCUUCGCACAGGCUUGUGCUAUUGGACCACGUCAUGCCUCUGUCGACACGGCUCGAUACAGCGGGCUUUGAAACGAGGGACCCAUAUCUGUGGGAUGAAGCUCAGAAGGUGCUAUACGGGGACAACUACACUUCUUUUGUCGGAAACGAAGCGGUCAAGUAUCCAACGAAGAUCUACACGAUGGAGUUUUACGACGCCAAUUCGAGCACCGGCGACGCAAUUCUGGUGGGUUUUGCCGAGAAGCUGGCUAGACUUGUGGGAGGCACCGUCACAGCGCUUGACCUUGAGGCGGCGUGGGAGGAAUCCAUUCCCUCUGAAGCUGGAGGGCAGGGUGUGAUGGAGUUCAUGAACCUCACAUACCCAACGCUGAUCGGAAAGGAGCAAGCGGCGCUCGUCUGA